CUUGACCUUCCGCACACGUACUGUUCUCCGUCCUCUGCACGUACGACAUGACUGUGAUAUUAGCGACUGUUACGAUAGUUUUUGUACUGAGUACCGGUGGUGUGGAUGGGUACUCUUCUUACGUCCCGUCCUCGGCAUGCUCCGACAUGGUCCCCGCUCACAAAGUCCCGGGACAGACAUCGAGCCCACCCUACCAACUAACCGUGGAUAAACAGACGUACAGUCCGGGUGAACGAAUCAACGUCACGAUACAACGAACAGGCUCCGAGACUUUUGAGGGGUUCUACAUCCAAGCUCGGCCCGUAGGUCAGGACCAACCGGUGGGAACUUUUACGGCGAUUGAUGACGAGAUUACCCUGGUGGUAGACUGUGCUCCCCACACACAGAAUGCUGUUGGACACAGGAGAACCAACUACAGUCUACCAAUUGUUCAGAAGACGGUUGUUUCAGUGAUCUGGACGGCUCCAAAUGUCACUGUGGGGGACUUCCAGUUCAGGGCUACGGUUCUUCAAAACUUUACGACAUUCUGGGUCAAUGCCCUGGAAUCUCCCACCAUUUCUGACCCCACGGCUACACAGGGAGCUACCAACGUUCCCAUAGCAACGGGAGCAGCCACGCCCCCCAGCUCAACGAUCAGCACGGAUGGCUGUGGAGUAGCGAAGGGCUGUUACGGAGUCCCAGACGGCUGUUCUCCACCAAACUGUGAUCUUCUGUCGACCUGGGUGACCGAUGUUACCGGUGAAAACGUCAUCGUCGAAGUGACUGGAAAAAGCGAUGGAUACGUCGCCAUAGGAUUCUCCCGAGACAAAACAAUGGCUGAUGACGACAUGUACGAAUGCGUGCGUCACCCUACGGACGGAAACAUCGAGGUGUUCUCUAGUUACGCUACAGGCCACAGCAGGCCGACCAGGGAUGCCGCGAAUUCUGGAGUAAGUAAUGUGGAGGUGGCGUACAGCAAUGGUUUGCUGUCCUGCCGGUUCUACCGUGCUGUCCGUCCGACAGCACGGGCAGGUGCUGGCGCUGACCAGUACUUUGACCUUGGCAACUCGUCCUACCACAUCUUCCUGGCUGUCGGACCCACAGUGGUUCAAUCUGAUGGUUCUGUGCAGAUCAGACGUCACACCAGCCGUGUUUACUCUGACCAACCGGUGGACGUGACAAGCAUCAGUCUGGUCGCCACUGCCUCAGCACCCCUCUUCGUCAAGUUACAUGCUGGACUGAUGAUGAGUGCUUGGAUGUUGACCGUCAGUAUCGGGGCUGUGCUGGCGCGCUUCUACAAACCCAUGUGGCCCAACAGCACCUGGUGUGGGGUCAAAAUCUGGUUCGCCGUUCACCGUGCUGUCAUGAGCCUAACCGUACUUCUGGCCAUCGCUGCGUUUGUCCUCAUAUUUGUGUACAAAGAGUGGACCUUUGUCACGGGAUCUAAUGCUACAAUACAUGCGGUUAUGGGCAUCAUUGUGACCAGUCUUGCUGUUAUUCAGCCAUUCAUGUCACUCCUACGCCCUGGGCCAGAUGAACCAAAUCGUGUUGUGUUCAACUGGUUUCACUGGGGGUUCGGAACAACCGCUAGGAUAAUGGCCAUUAUCGUGAUGUUCCUGGGCCUGGACUUCCCCGCCAUGGACCUCCCUGAUGAGGCUACUUACGUGCUGGCCAGCUGGGUCGCCUGGCAGGCUCUGUCUGAGGUCAUCCUGGAACAGGAGGGUCUGCUCAAGUGCUGCGGACAGACCAAGGCAACGGACAAACCGUCGGACGACCACGAGGAGAUAGAGAUGGAAACUCAGAAGAGUCCCAGUUCAUUUGACCUGAAUCCUGAACCCCAAACACCAAAACCGCCCGGAUCUGGGUUCAAGAACGGAUUCCUGGCUGUUUACCUUCUGGUCCUGACUGGCUUCACUGCUGCCAUGUUCUCUUUCAUUGCACUACACUAGGAGAACGGCCUAUAUGAUAGGAAUUAAAGGGGCAUCAUGUAACAAUUUUGCACCAAAAAUCGAAACAUUUUAAUUGAAAAAAAAA